ACUGUGUUUUCCUAAACCGAGCUACUUGACUCGAACGAUGAUCACCGCGCUCUCACGAAGUCGUGCGGGAUUUAUCAAAACAAUGAGCAAAAUGAUACUUUCACCGGUUUGACCUCGGAAGCCUUGUGAAAUAAAUGAAAGAGUGUGUGAUUUUGAAGUCUAUAAAUAUAAUGGAAUUUACGAACAAGAAGUAAAUUCAUUAAUCACCGCUGCUCAAACUUUGCUGAGGUGAAGGAGAAAACUCAGCUCUUUAACGGAAGAUGUUAUAAUGGGGGUUUCUCUUUGUAUCGUGCUCUUUUUACUGCACUUCAAUGAGGGAAUUCACGGGUUACGGUUCACCAAAAACCCUUCCAACCAAACGGUGACUCAGGGUAACAUGGCCCGUCUGGGCUGUGCCUUUGAGGGUUUGAUUGAACCGGAGAUCAUCUGGAUGAAGGACGGAGAGAAGAUCUACAGCACUGAUCAGAUGUACAUCACACUGGAUGCACAUCACUGGGAGACCUUUUACAGUGUUAAAUCUGUGCAGCAGCAAGAUGCCGGGAAGUAUUGGUGUGAGGUUGAACAUCACGGCACGAUCAUUUCUUCAGAGCCUGCUUGGAUUACAGUAGAAGGUGUGCCUCAUUUUGUGGAGGAACCCGAGGAUGUUGCUGCAUUUGCAGGGGAGCCGUUCAACUUAACAUGUGCUGCAUCAGGUCCUCCAGAACCUGUGGAGGUGCUGUGGUGGCUGGGAGGCAAACAGAAGGGGGAUUUCAUGCCCUCCCCCUCAGUUCUUUUUGUUAAAGGUGUGAAUGACAGUAUAAAGUUUUACUGUGAGGCUAAGAACGCUCGAGGCAUCUCUGUGUCACGCACAGGCACAGUGCACAUUAAAGUCCGCCCUGAUUCCCCCCAGGAUGUGAAGGUACAUCAUGUGUCUGAUCUUAAUAUAACCUUAACAUGGAGUCCAGGUUUCACUGGGCACUCAGAGCUUUCCACCUGCACUAUACAGGUGUCAAAGGGACCUGGAAAGAAGGUAAAACUUCCUGAUGUGGAUGUGGUAGUUCCUCCCUUCCAGCAUGUGUUUGAGGGACUCAGCAGUUACUCAAAUUACAGUGUGAGAAUCCGGUGUGAUAACGAGGUGGGCUCUUCCCCCUUCUCUCCCUGGGUGGACUUUCACACUCCAGAGGCAGCACCAGCAGCAGCUCCAAAGAACUUUACCUUUGAACUCAGCGAGCAGCAGCUCACUUUGUCCUGGGCGGCACUGGAACAGGAGGAGCUACGUGGAAGGUUGCUGGCUUAUAAAGUGCAGUGGAGCCAGGGAGGAGAGAGUCAGGAUCCCUUACUUUUUAAAGACAACGUCGCCCGUCUCUCGGGUGCAGGGCGCUUCUUUAACGCCACCUUCCAGGUUGCAGCGUGCACAGUGGCAGGAUGUGGCCCGUGGACUCAUCCUGUUCUCGUGAUGCCUGUGUCAGCCAUGCAGGCUCAGACUCAGAGGGGCCAUAUGUGGGUGGGGCUGCUUUUCGGCCUUCUUGUAGCCACCAUGGUGGGACUCCUGUUGAUUGUACUGGUACGCAACAGAGGCAAAGAGACCCAGUUUGGGUCUGCCUUUCCAGCUUCAGGGACAGAUGUACCAGUUUCCUUUACAGCUGCCAGGUCCUUCAACAGGCAGUUCCCUGAGCCCCCUGAAUCCACAUUGGACAGUCUAGGAAUCAACAGUGAUUUGAAGGCCAAGUUACAGGAUGUUCUCAUCUCUGAAAGGCUAUUAACUCUAGGACACAUGCUUGGAAAAGGUGAAUUUGGCUCUGUGAGAGAAGCUUUUCUCAAAUCAGAAAAUAAUUCUGGGCAGAAGGUUGCUGUGAAAGUGCUAAAAACUGACAUUAACUCAUCCAGCGACAUUGAGCAAUGUCUGAAAGAGGCUGCCUAUAUGAAAGACUUCCAUCAUCCCAAUGUCAUACAGCUCAUUGGUGUGAGUCUGCACAGGAGAGCCCAGCAGAGGCUACCUGUUCCUAUGGUGAUCCUGCCCUUCAUGAAACAUGGAGAUCUCCAUACAUUUCUUCUCAUGUCACGCCUCGGGGAUGAACCUUUUACUCUCUCUCAGCAAAUUCUUAUCCAGUUCAUGCUGGAUAUUGCUCGAGGGAUGGAGUAUCUAAGCAGCAAAAACAUCAUCCAUCGCGAUUUGGCUGCUCGUAACUGCAUGUUGAAUGAAAACAUGAGCGUGUGUGUAGCAGAUUUUGGUCUCUCAAAGAAAAUAUACAGCGGGGACUACUAUAGACAAGGAUCUGUCUCUAAGUUGCCUGUAAAGUGGAUCGCUUUGGAAAGCUUGGCAGAUAAUGUCUACACAACACAAAGUGAUGUGUGGGCAUUUGGUGUGACCAUGUGGGAGAUCAUGACUAGAGGCCAAACACCUUAUCCAGGGGUGGAGAACUCAGAAAUAUAUGAAUAUCUUAUCAAAGGAGAAAGACUCAAACAGCCUCCUGACUGUCCUGCUGACAUUUAUGAAAUCAUGCACAGCUGUUGGUCUCCUGUCCCAAAGUGUCGUCCUAGUUUCCAGCACCUCAUUGACCAGUUGGAGCUCUUGUGGGCAAAGUUAAAUCCAGCUCCUGUAAAAGAACCGCUGCUGUAUGUGAACCUGGAGGAAGAGGAUGGAGAGCAGGCCUCUGGGCCGGCGGCAGAUGCCGGGACCCGUAGUAGUGAAGAGCCCUCAUGGGGGGUACCGUGGCAGUGUGCAGGUAUAGAGGAAGAUGAUAAGGACUGGCUAAUGGUGUCAUCAGGAGCCACUCUUGCUAUCGGCGGAGACUACCGGUACAUCAUCAGCCCGCAAGGUAGCGGUAUUGAUGAUGAAAGCAGGCACUCUGACGACGGCCUGUCUGAGGAUAUCAGGGACGAGGAAGAGGAUGUUAUCAUUAAUGUGUGAUUUUAUAUUGUUAGUUUUCCCAAUGCUUACAUAAUCUAGUAGGUUAUGAUUGCACAAGUUAAGAACAGUAAGUCUGUAAAAACAUUCCUUCGUUGUUUUACUGGUGAAAUUCCAGGAAUAAUGCUUAACACAAAGAACUGUUCUUCAUGCUAACGCUAGAGGCAUGACGUGGACAUACAAUCAGCUGCUAAUACCUUUUAGAAAAUGAUUUGACACCUUUAUUUCAAUGGUAAUUACUAAUUAUGACUGUAGCAAAGCCAGUGUUUCACCAAAAGUGAUGCUUAGAGUCAGAUCUCUGAUUUUUAAAGUGUAAAAUGUACAUAUUUGUGCAAAUGUGUCUUUGCUGGUACAGUGCCAGCAUUUUUUGUUUUUGACACUACCAGUCAAAAGAUGUUUAAUAUUUUUUUAAAGAAGUAUCUUUUUCUCGCCAAGCCUGCAUUUUUUUGUUCCAAAAUAAAGCAAAAGCAGUAAUAUUGUGAAAUAUUUUUACUAUUAUAAAAACUGCUUUUUUAUUUCAAUAUAUUUUAAAAUGUAGUUUAUUCCUGCAAUCAAAGCUAAAUUUUCAGCAUCAUUACUCCAGUCUUAAGCGUCACAUGAUAUUUCAGAAAUCAUUUGAAUAUGCUAAUUUGCUGUUCAAGAAAGAUUUUUUAUUAUUAUGAAUUUUUAAAACAGUGAGUACAUUUUUUUUCAUGAUUAUUUUAUGAAUAGAAAGAUCAGAAGAUCAGCAUUUAUCUGAAAUAAAAAGCUUUUGUAACGGUAUACACUAUAUAUUCAAAAGCUUGGAGUCAGUAUAUAUAUUUUUGGGAAAGAAAUUAUAGAAAUAAAUGUAGCAAGGAUGCUUUAAAGUGAUCAAAAGUGAUGAUAAAAACAUAAUGUUACAAAAUAUUUCUCUUUCAGAUAAAAGCUGUUCUUCCGAACUUUCUAUUCCUCAAAGAAACCUGAAAAAAUUCUACUCAGCUGUUGUAAACAUAAUAAUAAUAAAUGUUUUUUGAGCAGCAAAUCAGAAUAUUAGAAUAAUUUCUGAAGGAUUAUGUGACUGGAGUAAUAAUGCUAAAAAUUCAGCUUUUAAAUCACAGGAAUAAAUUAUAUUUUAAAAUAUAUUCAAAUAGAAAAUAUUAAAUAGUAAAAUAUUUUAACAUUUUACUGUUUUUGCCUUACUUUGGAUCAAAUAAAUGCAGACUGACUGAGCAGAAGAGACAAAAAAAAAACAUUAAAAAUGUUACUGUUCAAAAACUUUUGACUGUAGUGUAUGUGUGAAGUGUCAAUCACGUCCUGGGACUCACAUAUGUGGUUCCUUCGUUUUCAAACAGUUUCUGCUCAUUUGUUACGUUGCAUUAAGAAAUUCCUUUGGAUUUAUGAUGCAUACUAUGAUAUAAGCUCAGAAUGUCAUUAUCAUAUUUGUACUUAAAGGAAUGUUCCGGGUUAAAUACAAGUUAAGCUGUGUAAGCUGUAUUAUUACUUAUUUCUAUGGAACAGUGUUUUUUCAGCAGGAAAACAUGAAAGAUUUGGCAUCAGUUUCACCUCUGAUUAAUAAUGCCAUAGAAAACAAGUGACUUGUCCAACAGCUUGUAAAAAUGAACAAAAAAAGCGACUGCACUAUAGAUCUCCAUUGUAAGCAUGUUACCAUCAACACUUUGUUGUUUGGUGGGGCCAAGUUAUUUUCUAUGGUUGUUGCUUUUAAACCGGAUCAUUCAAAUCUUCUAUAGAGCAUUCUGGGGAAGGGAUAUCAAGGGACAACAGGUUUAUUAUGUGCACAUUAUUUGUGUCUUAUGUUGUAUGGUAUGAUUACUCAAACAGCAAGAAUUUCAACAGAGAAUGAAAGCUUGUUUUUGCUAAUUGCUUUUUUGAACCUGUUCAUGAGUUGUAGAUGAGCUGUGUGUGAUCUCUUAAGUGGACAUUUCUAAAAUCAGUAGCUUUUGUGUUUUAGUUCAUUACUGUACAAUGUAAAACUCAUUUUAUAGUGUCAGGUCAGGUCAUGUAACAAACUUUCAUGUGUCAUAUGUGUUGUGAAUAAAUCUGACACAUCAUUCAGUGUUAUUAAAACUUGUAAACAGAUGCCUGCUCAUAUCAAAACAAUGAAAUGGGCAAAGAUAAUGAUGUUAGCAUGAAAUACCUACCAUGAACAUAUAAAUUAUUACAGUAAAUUACAACAGAAACAGACUAAAAUUGUUUUUUUUAUAAUUAGAGCUACAGUGAUUUCAAACAUAGACUGUUGAUUUAAAAAAAAAAAGAUUUUGCAUUAAAAAAUGCAUUUUUGUUGUUUCAGAGUUAAAAUUUAUAUAUUACAAUUAGCGAGAAUGUUGCACAAAAAAUGCAAUGACUGAGAUUUUGAUGUUGACCAUCUGAGUGGUGCUUAUGACUGUGAACUUGCAAAAUUGUUUUCAUUUUGUUUCAUAAACUGUAAAUAAAACAUUCAUUCUAGACU